ACACUAAGCAGCGCUUUCAGAAUAGGCAUUUCCCCCUCUGCUUGUUACAUGGGGGAGACUUGGUAUGUGGUCUCUCUUUCACCGUGAUGACAAUCCACAUGUCUAACAAAAGAUGACAUGGGACCUCGAAUAGACAAGACACUGGGAGGUGGUCUCUCCAAAGGGACGUCAGAUAUAGCAGAUAACAUAUCUCCAGUAUAAAAGAAGCCAUAUGGGAUACGAUGGUGAUGAUGGAGAAUCACACUUUGCAAGACUUAGAUAUGUAACUGGAUUUUCACUACAGUAGUUCAGUUCCAACAAGUAGAACAACAACAAAAAUGUCAUCCUAUCAAGGGGGUGUGGUGCGGAGCAUCCGGCCUUUUAAGUCAAGUGAACAGUACCUGUAUGCCAUGAAAGAGGACUUGGCUGAGUGGCUGAAGGAUCUUUACAACCUGGAAAUAGAUGUAGAUAACUUCUUUGAAGUCCUGGAAAAUGGCUCUAUCAUUUGUUACCACGCCAAUAAUGUGAAGGAUGCUGCUUGCGCCUUUGCUGUGGAAUACCCUGACUUGGCAAAGAAACUCCGGCUUCCAAAACAAGGAGUAACAUUCAAUGCAACGGCCCAACCUGGAACCUUCCUGGCAAGGGAUAAUGUAUCCAACUUCAUCCAAUGGUGCAGGAAGGAAAUGGACAUAAAAGAAGUCCUGAUGUUUGAGACAGAGGAUCUAGUUCUAAGGAAAAAUGAGAAAAACUUUAUCCUGUGCCUGCUGGAGCUGGCCAGACGAGCAUCACGCUUUGGUAUGAGUGCUCCCAUGCUAAUUCAAAUGGAGGAGCAGAUAGAAGAAGAGAUCCGGGUGGAACUAGAACUGCCUCCAGUUGAAAUCCCACUACCUAAACCACAACCUCAAAAAAAACUAUGUGACUUUAAGAAUCUGGACCAAAUGGUGCAGCAUUUGGUGAGCAGAUGCACGUGUCCUGAGCAAUUUUCUAUGAUCAAAGUCUCGGAAGGAAAAUACAAAGUAGGGCAAUCAAACACUCUCAUUUUUGUUAGGAUUCUUCGUAACCAUGUGAUGGUCAGAGUAGGAGGGGGCUGGGACACGCUGGAGCAUUAUUUGGACAAGCACGACCCCUGCCGAUGUACUUCUCUCUCUCAUAAACAAGCUUCAGCAUCAGUCAGCAAUCGGAAGCCAGCUCACCCAGUUCAUGAGAUAACAGCACGUUUAACAGCAAGGUCUGACAAUCCCAACAAAACUCAAACCACACUAAUAGUAAACCGUUCCCAGAGUCCACUGCCUCCGGUAGACUGGAAGACCUACACAUCUGGCAAUGGUAGAACCCAUUCAUCUUCUACCUCUGCUGAAAGUGUUGAUAAGACGCCUGGGUUUAGAACGCCUAAUGUACACAGUGACCUCCAGAGGAGUUUUGCAUUCAGAGGACAUGAACGACCUGCAACCCCAUCAAGGAGACAACUAUUUACUGAAGAUGGUCAUUCUGGUCAACAAUUUCUGUGUCCACAGUCUUCCCAUGAUGGUCUUAGACUAUCUACAUCUUCCACUGGGUCCCAACUGACUGGAAGUGAAGAUGAAAACUCUCAUUCUUCAGAUGUCUUCUAUGAGAACCACAGAAGAAGACAAAUAAUGAAGAGUCCUGCUCCUGGACAUAAAGAAAGAACAAUGACGGAUACCUACCACAGCCAGAUACAUACUACAAAUGUUAGAGCACAAUCAGCAUCAGAAAAGCAAAGUAUUCAGCAAGAAUCAAGACCUAAAACACCUUCCAGCUUUUUACGACCACCAAGUCCCUCCAAAUACUUACUCCACAAUCAGCAAAACAAAAUAUCAGAAUACCAACCCAGGGUCAGUUCUGAUUUUACUACAAGACCUUCCUCUCCCACUAAACAUACACGGUCCUCUUCUCCUUCAAAACAAAUUAAUACUCGACCUACUUCUCCAUCUAAGCAUCUUAAUACUCAGUCUUCUUCACCACCUAAACAACAUAUCACACGUUCAAUGUCUCCAACUAAGCAGCUUAGUCAGCCAUUUAAGCAAGAACUGAAUGGUGUCAAGACGAUGCCUAUUUAUAGUAGGCCAUCUACACCAAGCAGAUAUUACCAAGGCGAAUCUCUAAACAGAGAUAGAAGCAAAUCUGUAGGAAGCGAUUUUAUGUCUCAUAAUAAACUAACAGUAAUGAGAAGCGUGCCUGCUCAAAAUGAGCAAAGCAAAGUUAUACUGACUGGUAGGUCUACUCCAACAGUGCACGUUAACAAAAAUGGUCUAACACGGGACAAGGUCCCCAGCUAUAGUAUGAAAACGCAGAUCAGGCAAACCAGUUCUUUGGAAGCUUCAAUUAUGUCAGAUAAUAUGGAACGAGAUUACAGGUACACACCAAAACCCAUUGGCCCAGACCAAGAGCAAGAACUGUAUCAGAGCCUGGAAGACGAAAUCCAAUCGAACAUAAAGGCUUUAGAGGAAGAUUCUGAUGAGAACAGCAACCAAGAAAACAAGUGCAAUAACUUUACAUCUAGCAUUGCAAGUGAUGUUGCUGUUCACAAUUUUAACAUGAAAAGGACUUCAGUAUCUUCUGUCUCAGUGAGAAAUAGAUUAAAGACACCUGAUGGGGAAGUAGAAAUACCCAGAAGUGGAGUGUAUAUAAAUACCAAAUGGCAGUCUGGAGGAGGAAGUUUUGAUGAUGUUAUCACAGAACUUUCUCAAGGUCAGUUAAAACUUAAUAGGGUUGAUGUGGAAAACUGGAUUUCCACAAUAACUCCAAAAUCUGUUGUGGCUGCGGAAACAGAUUUAACUGUUCAGCAUUUAGUAUGUCAAGAGAAAAGUAAGCCAGCAUUAUUGGUACAGGAAACAGAUAAAACUAAUUUGAUCUCUGCAGAGAACAAGGAAAAGAAAGUCAAGCAAUUGCCAUCUCAGAGAGCAAGACAACUGGCAAUGGAAGCCAAGAAGAAGAGUUUGGAGGCUGCAGCUGAUAACCUGGAUUCAUCAGCCAAAUGUCCUAAAGCAGAAGCAACCCCGGAAGUAUCAAAGUUACCACAAUCAUCCAAGCCAAAACGAUCGCUGAAAAAGCCAGAAAGAGUGCCAUCAAUAUACAAACUCAAGCUACGCCCCAAAAUCCGUCCCAGACGAGAUAACAGACCAGAAAAGAAGCCAUCCAAGAUCCCAACCCCUGUUUCUUAUCAACAAACAAAAAAGAAAACGAAAAACCCCAAAAACAGCACAACAAUUCCUUCUAGUGCUAGGAGUCAGAGUGAAUCAUACAGCGCAGGUAUUAGUACAGGAGAUGUUGAUACCGAUGAAGCAGUCUCAGAACUUUCUUUGUCCCUAGAAGCUUCGGGUUCCCAGCUAAAUCAAUUAUGGGAUGAAAAUAAUGGAAGCAAAAGUGAAGAAGAGACAUGGAUUUAAGGCACUAGAAUUUCAUUCCAAGACAUCCAAUUUUUUUAUGCAAAAAUCAACAACAUUUCAACUGAGCUUGUGCAAGAGUAUAGAUAAAGCCCUGAGAUCCACAAGUAAUCAUAAUCUUAGCACAAUUGUUAAAAAAUGAAGGAACACAAUUGGGUAAAACCUUAAAUUUGCAAAUUGAAAGCACACAUAGAUGUGAAAAAAUGAAUCAUGCUAGUUUCUUUUAUGAAUAUAGAUCUAACACACGAUAAUUUUUCGGCAUGAAAGAAAACGUUGUUUUUAAAAACGUCAUUUAAAAUG